AUGUCCCAGAUGCUGCCACGCAUCAACUUCACCGUUGUGCUACAGCUGUUUGAGAUCGCGACGCUUGCAUCCACAGACUCGGUAGCCACGAUGAAGUCCCAGGCCCUGUUUGACGCUAUGUCUGCGGCAGUGAAGGCCAAGGGGCCCGAGCUGGUGAAGCUCGGCGGGGCAGCGGCUCGGACGAUCUUGGACCUGGCAAGAUUCGGCUUAGACCCAGGGGUUGGGAGGGACACGGUCUCAUGCAGCUAUUCUGCUGAGGUCUUCCAGUUCGUCAUCAGCGACGCCGGCCCCGAGGGCAAGUUCGUCCUGGACCUGAAGAACGGCAGCGGUUCAGCCAAGGCUGGCGAGGAGAGCAGUGCUGCCGGCAACUUAGCGCGCCUGAAUUUGAGGUCACGCCAUGCUCAGCACGACUGCACCAUUAUCAUGGCGGAUGCGGACUUGGUGUCCAUGGCAGAAGGCAAGCUGGAUGGUAUGCAGGCUUUCAUGGGCGGCAAGCUGAAGAUCAAGGGCAACAUGAUGCUGGCCCAAAAGCUAGCAUCCAUUCUGGAGGACGCUCGCGGUGAGAAGCAAACAUCUAUGGUGCCUCACAAUGUGAGGUGGAGCCCCCGUGCUGGCAAGUCUCCGGAAGGCUUCGAACGCUUUGACUUCGACGAUGCUGCGUGGGCUGGCAUGCCAGUGCCUGGCAAUUGGGAGCUGAAUGGGUAUGGAUUUCCUAUCUACACAAAUGUCGACUUCAUCUUCCAAUCUGAUCCGCCGAACAUCAGGUAUCGCGGAGAUGAUCCGGACUACAAUCCGACAGGAACCUACAGGAGGACCUUCGACUGUCCCCCAGACUGGCUGGAAAGCGGUCUUCAGGUGUACAUUCACCUUGGUGCGGUCUGCUGCACAUGCCGCGCUUGGCUGAAUGGCCAAGAGUUGGGCUUCAGCACCGACAGCAAGCUGCCGGUGGAGUUCAACAUCACACCUCAUCUCCGUCCUGGACGCAACGUCUUGGCAUUGCAAGUCCUUUGCUGGGGGGCUGCUGCCUACCUGGAAGACCAGGACAUGUGGUGGUUUGCUGGAAUCACGCGCGACGUCUAUGCUUACACCCGGCCACGGGAGCAUCUUCGGGACCUGGCCGUGCGAGCCGGGGCGGACGGCAAGCUGGAAGUGGACGCAGAGAUUGCCUGCGACUCGGGAUUGCGAGGACACACUUUGCAGUGCCGGCUCCUCGAUGGAGCAGCAGAGCUUGCAGACUUUCAAGUGCCUUUGAGCCAGCGUACGCCGAGCACCGCAGUGGGCCGCCAGGCAGCGAGCCUUUCGGGCGUCAAGCUGUGGAGUGCCGAGGCACCGUACCUCUACACCUUGUCGGUGACCCUGCGGAACGAGAAGGCUGAGUUAACAGAGGCUGUGUGCCUCCGGGUGGGCUUCCGAACCGUGGAGAUACGGCAGGGUCGGCUGCUGCUAAAUGGCAGUGAGUUGACCAUCCGCGGCGUGAAUCGUCACGAGCAUCACCCCUCCAAGGGCCACGUCGUGGAUCGGGAGUCCAUGGUGCUGGACAUCCGCCUCAUGAAGCAGAACAAUUUCAACGCCGUGCGUUGUGCGCAUUACCCGAAUGAUAUUUUGUUCUACGAGCUUUGCGACGAACUCGGCCUCUACGUAGUAGACGAGGCAAACAUCGAGAGUCAUGGUGUCGACUUCAACUGGGACAAGACGCUGGGAAACAAGGAGGAAUGGGGUGAGGCCCACAUGGCUCGCGUGCAGCGCUAUGUCGAGCGUGACAAGAACUUCACCAGCAUUAUCACCUGGUCCCUCGGGAAUGAAGCCGGAAACGGAAUCAACCAUCACCGGACAUACAUGUGGCUGAAGCGGCGAGAUCCCACGCGCCCUGUGCAGUACGAGCAUGCAAGAUGUAGAAGCGAUCCCGAGUGGACCACGGACAACGUCGAACCCCGAGAUGGAAACACCGACAUCUACUGCCCCAUGUAUCCCAGCCACAAGAAGCUGGAACAGUAUGGGACCCUCUACGAGGGUGACGUCCUUGCUCAUCCUUUGAUUAUGGUGGAGUACGCUCAUGCCAUGGGCAACUCCUUGGGAGCCUUCAAGGAGUACUGGGACGUGAUCUACAAGUAUGGGGUGCUGCAAGGCGGCUUUAUUUGGGACUGGGUCGAUCAGGGUGUGGAAACCCAGACGAAUGGCAAGAGCAUCUGGGCCUUUGGCGGGGACUUCGGGGGCAAGAACACCCCCAGCGAUUUGAACUUUUGCAUCAAUGGCCUCGUGCAGCCGGAUCGAAAGCCCAACCCACAUCUUUUCGAGGCGAAGAAAGUCAUGCAGCAUGUCACCUUCAGCCCUGUGGAUCUCGCCGGGGGCGUCAUCGAAGUUCGAAAUCGCUACGACUUUCUGACCCUUGAGCAUCUGGACUUCUCCUGGCAGAUUACCCUCAACGGCGCCGUCGCAGAGUCUGGCAAGUUGCCAGGCUUGCGCACGGGUCCUCAUCAAGCAGAGAGCAUCCAGCUGCCCCUGCCGCAACUCAGCGCAGUGGCAGGUUGUGAAGCUCAUUUGCUUGUGUCCGCUUGCACGCGAGAGGCGGGAGGGUGCUUUGAAGCAGGGGAGGAAGUCGCGUGGGAGCAGUGGCUCUACCUCCCAGCCAAGCAGGACGUGCCAGCAGCCGUCACAGGCCCGGAGCCUGUCGUGGACCGCUCGGGCGGGAUAGUCACGAUCGCAGCUGGACCGCUGACUGCACGCAUCGAGGAGGCACAAGGUUGUCUCAGCGGCCUUGCCUGGGACGGUUUGGAGCUCCUGGCUUCGCCCCUGCUGCCGAACUUCUGGCGGCCCACGACCGACAACGACUACGGAGCCAACCUGCAGAAUGACAUGGCCUGCUGGAGAUUGGCAGGGAAGAGGGCCACCGCGAUCGGCGGUGUCCAAAUCGCCCCAGGUCCCGGCAGCGUGAGAGCGAGCGCCGAGCUGCUGGUUGGAGCAGGGGCCAAGCUGCUUUUGGAGUUCCAGAUCUCUUCUGUGAAAGUGGCCGUGGAGGCAAAGUGGAGGCCGUCGAGGAAGGAUGGGCCACAGCUCGCCACGGCGGGCAGCGUCGGCUAUCUCAAGGGCCACACGCAGCGCCACAUCGAUGUGGAAGGCAAGACCGUGCGGGCACGCUGGAAUGACAUGGGGGAGUGGCAGUCGCUGACGCUGAACGUUGCGGGCAAGGAAGCUGGUAAACCCCUGGAAGACGGCGACAAGCUUGCACUGCAGGCUGUGACUGGCAAGACGGAGAGCAAGCUUCUGCUCCACGGUCUUGUGCCGAUACCUACGCCUGGGCAAUUGCCUGCGGGUUAUCCUGGCAAAGCAUCUGCGGUUGAGGCCAGCGGAAGUCCGCAGGAGCCGGUGUGGACCUUGCGAAGGGCAGACGGACCGGGCACCGUGCUGUCCGGGGACAAGGUGACCCUCGAGGCUGCUGGGAAGUUCCUGGCAGUCGUGGGGGAUGCCGUAGCUGCGGUCGAUGCAGAGUCGCCUUCGACAGCUCUGAUUCUGGAGAUCAAGGAGCAGCCAGCUCCCAUGCGGAUCGGCUUCACCGGAUCACUAGUGGAUGGCUUUAAGGAUGUGGAGUGGUUUGGCCGAGGCCCCCACGAGUCCUAUCUGGAUCGCCACGCCUCCGCGCGCGUGGGCCUGUUCCAGGGCACCAUCGCCGAGCAGACGGUGAGGUACGUUCGCCCCCAGGAGAACGGCAACAAGUUCGAGACUCGAUGGAUGGCGCUGAGGCGGCCAUCGGCCGACCCCUGCUCCAUGCUGCUCAUCUCUGCGAAGGACCCAAGUCCGACGCUGGAAAUGCAGUGCCACCACUUUGCCUUGGAAGAUUUCGACGGAGGCGAGGUGAAAGCGCAGCAGGCCUUUCUGCACGCUGGCGAGCUUGUACAGCGGACGACCACUGCUUUCUGCGUCGAUGCGAUCCAGAUGGGAGUUGGUGGAAUCGACUCGUGGGGCCGGAAACCCCUCGAUGAGCACAUGAUCAAGCCAGACCAGGAGUGCGAUUGGUCCUUCCAGCUGAUUCCAUGCAAAGAAGACUUCGAUGGCGACUGGCGCCAGAGGCUGCCUCAACUGUAG